UUAUUUUAGUGCAGAACACUGUACCUUUAAUUUAAAUGCCCUUGGAGUCUGCUGGGGAAGAGAAAUAAUACUGUCAGUCAGUAUGACAUGCAGAUGAGUGCCGUCGAUCUUAGAAUCACCGCACACUUCACUCAUUUGGCCAGUCACGGGGCCAAAACCAGUGUUUGGAGCCACAGUGUGGCGGUGGAGGCAGCAGCAAUGGGAGGACAUACAGCACCCUAUGACAAAAUGGAAACCAGCAGGAGUGUGAGGAGACCUGAAAGUGGCACAUGGCAGAGUGUGGCGAUGGAAACAGCAGCAAUGGGAGGCCGUACAGGGACCCAUGACAAACUGUGGACCUAGGAGCAGCGUGACGAGGCGGUACGGGGGCCCAUGGCAGAUUUGGGGCCUGGCAGCAGCAAUGUGAGGCCCGUAAUCUGCCAGCAUCCUAUGACAAAAUGAAACACACCAGCAGUGUGAGGAGACCUGAAAGUGGCACAU